AUGACACAUACUAGCAAAGCUGCAUCACAUAUUCUUGAUUGCACUAUUUAUAUUAUUGCUUUAAUUUUGAUGAUCAUCGACGAAAUUGAACUGGUUUCGCGUAGUCUUUUUCAAAAAUUUAGCCAGCGUUUAAGUGAAAUAUUCAAACUGCUUGACAAAAGUGAUGUUUAUUUUGGCAAUAUUCCAGUUUUAUUAUUUGAAGGUUUGGCUCAAUUUGAACCAGUUGCUGCUAAGCAAAUGUUUUGCCGCCCACUUAAUGACGCUUUGUAG